UCAUGUUCACUUCCGGGUGACUGAAAGCUGCGCGCCAAGUUCAAUCUCGUACUCAUUUCUGUGCUUUGCUGAUAGUAACGUUGGUUAUAUUAACUACAGUUAGCUAUCUAAAACAUUAACCAUGGACGGCGACAAAAUGGACGUGGUUGGGGAUCUCAAGCAUGCUCCAAAUGACAUAAGUCCCACAAACGUGCAUGUUGAAGUUCACGUGAAAUCUCACAGCACUGCGAGGCGAGAUGACAUUAAGACGCACGUCCUGGCGCUGCUCAACCGGCAUCGCAUGGUGUUCGGGGAUUACAAGUGGGUCGAAUUCGAUGAAGAGUUCCUCAUCAAACACGUGGAAUCAGUGGCCAUUGUGGAUGCUGAGCGACAACCCAUAGAUCUGAAAAGCUGCUGUCUGUCCAUUCAUAUCUUCUCCCUCAAUGAUGAGGGGCCUAGCACCUUGAACUUAGAGGAGGAGGAGGACCUAUCUGCAGCCAAUCACUGGCUGUUACCAGCAGCUGAAUUUCACGGCAUUUGGGAAAGCUUGAUCUAUGAGGAUGGAGUUAAAUCUCAACUCUUGGAUUAUGUUUCUACAACAAUUUUCUUCUCCGACAAGAAUGUAAGCAGCAACCUGAUUUCAUGGAACCGUGUUGUGUUGCUUCAUGGGCCCCCGGGCACUGGUAAGACCUCUCUGUGUAAGGCAUUGGCCCAGAAGCUUUCCAUCAGGCUGUCAAACAGGUACUCGUAUGGACAGUUUGUGGAGAUAAAUAGCCACAGUUUGUUCUCCAAGUGGUUUUCAGAGAGUGGUAAACUUGUCACCAAGAUGUUCCAGAAAAUUCAGCAGUUGAUCGAUGAUAAAGAAGCUCUGGUUUUCGUUCUGAUUGAUGAGGUGGAGAGUCUCACAGCAGCCCGGAAUGCUGCCCAAGCAGGCACCGAGCCGUCGGACGCCAUCCGAGUAGUCAACUCUGUCCUCACACAGCUCGACCAGAUCAAACGGCACCCGAAUGUGGUGAUCCUCACCACCUCCAACGUGACUGAGAAGAUUGACUUGGCGUUUGUGGACCGGGCUGAUAUAAAGCAGUACAUUGGCCCUCCCUCCACUGAAGCCAUUUUCAACAUCUACCAUUCCUGUCUGGAGGAGCUAAUGAAGUGCCAGAUCAUCUACCCUCGACAGCAGCUGAUGACGAUGUUUGAACUGGAGACCAUGGGCUUCCUGGAGAGCAAUGUCUCUGAACUCAGCCUCUCACUCAGGAACAUCGCAGUGAAGAGCAAAGGCUUUAGCGGUAGAGCACUGAGGAAACUUCCAUUUUUGGCGCACGCCCUCUUCGUCAAGACCCCAACGGUGACCCUCGAGAGGUUUAUGGAGGCUAUGGACCAAGCAGUUGAAAAACAGAUCUCAGAGAAUGCUCUCCUGGUCAACUGUGUUUGAGGCGACUGGCCCAGUACCUCCCCGCCCCUCCUGUUCCCUCCACACCCUGACCAUCGGCCAGCAGGCUGUGUCCUGCCACUCCUAUUGGUCAUCUGUCGGUCAUGUCCACUGGACAUGCACUGCUUUGAACCACAUGGUUUAACAGCUUCUCUAGGACCAUGGCUCUGCUGUAUCAAGAAGUCAAUGAGCAUCAACCUGUUUAUACCAGUUCUUAUGAAAAAGUGGUUCAAAUGUAACAAUACUGACCGUAGACCACAGUGGUUUCAGAUGGCCUGGCACUGCACUUAAGAUCAAGGGACACCUUGCACCAGCUAUGCACCAUCUAGCUCAAAGCACUGAAACAGCACAAUAUUUGUGCUUUCCUUAACAAUCAUGAUAAAUGAUGGAUAAUAUGUAGCAGGUGCUGCUCCCAGGGGCCAAUAGUCCCUCACCCCCUUCUGUUAUUUUCGCUAUCGGACCUAGAACUGCCUGAGAAUACCAAAGCCACUCUUUUUAAUGUCUGUCCUUUUCAUGGCUUUUGGUGUUUUGGUCAGCUCCCCAUAUUGUGUAUAUCACAACUCAAAUGUGUAUACUGGCAUUAUUGUUGAUGAUUAUUCUUUGUUCACUCUGUCAAGGUUUCAUGACUCCAUACCAUUUCUCUGGUCUUUUUGUUCUUUUUCCUUGUGUGUGUUGCUCUCAUUUUCUUAACCCGUGUUCAGGAAGUGAAAAUC